UGGCCACGCCCAAGCAGAUCAAGGCGCUGAUGAAGGUGGAUGGGCUCACCAACGACGAGAUCAAGAGCCACCUGCAGCAGCAGCACUAGUGUCGGCAACAGCAUCAGCUGCUGCUGCUGGUGGGACGUCUGGUCAGCUGCUGGUUCUGGGUGGCAUUUUGGUUCCCUCAAUCCAAUCAGGAUCCCCACCAG